UCGUUCGUGGAAAUCAUUCGUCAUUCGUGUGAGGUCGUGUGAUUCUCAUCUGAGAUUUCAUUCAUUGAGUUUUGAGCUGUAGUGCGAACGUAUAGACUUCACGUGCAGUAUAUUUCAUUUGGAAAUCAAUAUUUUAAAUUGUUUGGCGUAAAAUUAAACUAUGGGUGUCCCUGCUGGCAAUGCUGAAAAUGGAAAGAAAAUCUUCGUCCAGAGAUGCGCACAGUGCCACACAGUUGAGGCUGGCGGUAAACACAAAGUAGGUCCUAACCUGCAUGGCUUCUAUGGGCGCAAAACUGGUCAAGCUGCCGGCUUCUCCUACUCAGAAGCAAACAAAGCCAAAGGUAUUACAUGGGGUGAUGAUACACUUUUCGAGUACUUAGAGAACCCCAAGAAGUACAUCCCUGGUACUAAAAUGGUGUUCGCCGGUCUCAAGAAGGCUAAUGAGCGUGCUGAUCUGAUUGCAUACCUCAAGGAGGCAACUAAGUAAUUAAAAUGACAUUAGGAAAUUAAACCGAAUAAGAGGAAUAUUCCAUAAUAUGGAACAAUCUUCUUGUUUUUAGCCCAAUCAGUAUAAUCAAUAUUUAAUGUACCUAUUUAUUUUGAGUUAACAUUUCACAAAGUGAUAGUUAUUACUUGUCUUGUAUCACCUUCAUAGUUAAGACAAUUGUGUGAAUUGUGAUGUACAUAGUUGUUACGUAUGACUAAAAUUCUUUGCUGAGCAUAACAAUGUUGUGAAUGGUUUUUUGAUGUUAUUAAAUUAAUAAUAGACAUCA